UGCUUUUCAAUUUUUGCCUUCUAACCAAACCAGCUAAUAUGCUUGUGGUUCGUAGAACACAAAGAGAUUAUCAUUAUACGCACAAUGUGUCCAAAAACUAAGGUAAAAACAAAGUCCAAACAACUUCACCUUAUACAAAGUCGUUAGUUUCUUCUUGUUGGCCUAUCUAUUCAUCCAAAACACCAACUCUUAAUCUCUCCAACUAACCUUUUCCAAAACAAAGAACAAACCCAUUUAAGAAAAACUAAGACAGAAAAAGAAACACCAAUACCUCAUCACAUUCAAAACCUUAGUAUACAUGAAUAUUGCAUAGUUUAUUAUUCACAACACAUAGCAAAAUAAUUCAAACUCCAACAUGGAAGUUUCAUGCAAGAUUCUAAGAAGAUCAAUUCAUAGUUUUCUCCAAAACUAUCAUUAUUUCACUUCAUCAAUAGCUUUUCUUGUUUUUCCUUUCUCGGCUUCGAUACUUAUCUCACAAGCUUUUGUUCCUUCUCCUUCAUCCCUUUUGCCUCAAAUUUAUAACCGUUUAAGGACUCUUUUUGAUGCUGCAGGAUUUCCUUCCUAUUCUCUAUUGUUCAACAUUCUUAACCUCAAGGUUUCUCAAACAAUCACUUGUUCAAUCUUUUCACUUCCUUUCACACUAACUGUCCUUCUGAUUGCAAAAGCAUCCAUAAUUCAUGCACUUAAACUCAAUCACAAUAAACCAUCUUUGCCGCCUUCAUUCUCUUCGAUAAUAGCACUUUACAAGCCACUCUUUCAUACCUAUAUCUGCAACUGUUUCUUAAUUAUCUCAGCAAAUGCAACUUCUUUUUGUAUUAUGUUUUUGGCUUUCAGCUUUGUUGAAACACUUGGCUACUCUUCACCUAGUUUCCUCCUCUUCAUGUCAGCGACCGGGGCAAUUCUUUUUUCUGUGAUUCUUGCCAAUGCACUUGUGAUAUGCAAUAUGUCACUUGUUCUAUCUGGUAUGGAAGGACAUGGUGGAUACUCGGCGAUUCUUAAAGCUUGUAUCUUGAUAAGGGGAAAGACAUCAAUGGCUUUGUUCUUAGCACUUCCUGUUAAUAUUGCCUUGGCUGCUAUUGAGGCCUUGUUUCACUUCAGAAUUGUAAGGGAAUAUCAUAUUGUUGGAAAGGCAAGGCCUAUUGUGCUUUUAGAAGGGAUUUUCAUUGCAUACUUGUACUCAAUCUUCAUCAUCCUUGACACAAUUGUGAGUUGCUUGUUUUACAAAAGCUUCAAGACAGGAGAAUCAUGGAUUAGUCAGGAGGACAAACAUUUUCAAGAUGUGGACAAUUAUGGUCACAUUGGCAACAAGAAUUUCGAAGAACUACCAUAAUUAGUAAUAGUAACAGGAAGUAGCAUUUCAUUAAUAUGGUCAAGGCUUUUUCUUCUUGAAAAAGGAGCCACUGGUUGUUAUAAACAAGUAUAUAGCAGGUAUUUACUAAAUUUAUUCAUGUUGGUCGAAGGAAAUCGAUCAACAUUGAAAGCAUAAAGAGUUUCGAUUGAGCAACCUCAGCUUACUUAUGUCCAAAGACAAGGAGCUAGAGGAAUUCAUAUACAGCAGUGUUUUAUAUAAAUGUAUUUCUGUUAAACUUUGUAUUUUGAUUAUAUAAGUUUUACUUUGUAGAUUGGUAAUAUUUUACAGUGUGAAUAAGACACGUAACAAUGUUAAUUGCCUUAUUGUGUAUGAGUUACUAUGGUUUACUGGUGUGUUUCUAACUAAAUAAAAAUUCAAAGA